AUGAUGGUGCACUGUGCCGGCUGUGAGCGGCCGAUCCUCGACCGCUUUCUGCUGAACGUGCUGGACCGCGCGUGGCAUAUUAAAUGUGUUCAAUGCUGCGAGUGCAAAACCAACCUCUCGGAGAAGUGCUUCUCCCGAGAGGGCAAGCUGUACUGUAAAAACGACUUCUUCAGGCGCUUUGGCACGAAGUGUGCUGGCUGUGCGCAAGGCAUCUCUCCCAGUGACCUGGUGCGCAAGGCCCGGAGCAAAGUCUUCCACCUCAACUGUUUCACCUGCAUGGUGUGUAACAAGCAGCUGUCCACCGGAGAGGAACUCUACGUGAUCGACGAAAACAAGUUUGUGUGCAAGGACGACUACUUGAGCUCCUCCAGCCUCAAGGAAGGAAGCCUCAACUCAGUGUCAUCCUGUACGGACCGCAGUUUGUCCCCGGACCUCCAGGACCCGUUACAGGACGACCCCAAAGAGACCGACAAUUCGACCUCAUCGGACAAGGAGACCGCUAACAACGAGAACGAGGAACAGAACUCCGGCACGAAGCGGCGGGGCCCGCGCACCACCAUCAAAGCCAAGCAGCUGGAGACGCUCAAGGCGGCCUUCGCGGCCACGCCCAAGCCCACGCGCCACAUCCGCGAACAGCUGGCACAGGAAACCGGCCUCAACAUGAGGGUCAUUCAGGUAUGGUUUCAGAACCGAAGGUCCAAAGAACGCCGCAUGAAACAGCUGAGCGCUCUGGGCGCACGGAGACACGCCUUCUUCCGGAGUCCGCGGCGCAUGCGUCCCCUGGGCGGCCGCUUGGACGAGUCUGAGAUGUUGGGGUCCACCCCGUACACUUACUACGGAGACUACCAAAGCGACUACUACACCCCAGGAGGCAAUUACGACUUCUUCGCUCACGGCCCGCCAUCGCAGGCUCAGUCCCCGGCCGACUCAAGCUUCCUGGCAGCGUCGGGACCCGGCUCGACGCCGCUGGGCGCGCUGGAACCGCCACUGGCCGGGCCGCACGGUGCGGACAACCCCAGGUUCACCGACAUGAUCUCGCACCCGGACACGCCUAGCCCGGAGCCUGGUCUGCCCGGAGCGCUGCACCCGAUGCCGGGAGAGGUGUUCAGCGACGGGCCCAGCCCGCCCUUCCCCAUGAGCGGCACCAGCGGCUACAGCGGACCCCUGUCGCACCCCAACCCCGAGCUCAACGAGGCGGCCGUCUGGUAAGGCCAAGGGGCCGGGCCGCCCUCUGUCAUCGAGCCCUGAACGCUUCCUGGGUCACUCUCAAGAGUCCUCUUUUGGAUUCGCACCCACCCGGCAACUCGCAUCUCCACCCUUCAGAGCUUCGGCGCGCGACUGCGCAAUUUCUUGGGACCAAAGUCAAUAUUCUGGAGGGUCGAGAUUCCAAGCACACCUUAGACGCCCGCGGGACCCCCCCCCUCCUCCCGCCCACAUCACCUCUUUGAACUAAGAGGGGAUUGGGACCAAGGAGAGGAGACCGUGGCGCAGCCCCUCCCUGCAAGCCGAGGCCAUUGUGAAAUCUUAUUUCUCACUCUUUCUCUUAAAAAAAAAAAAGGUAAUAAAGAGAGAGGUUGAAAGGGAGAGGGGAGAGAAAGAAGAGGAAAGCCUCAGCCGGAGAAGAAAAAUAGACAACCGCUGGUGAAUGGUGGCUUUGCGGGAAGACAAAUCCACAUGCGAGUUGGCGCCCCCUGGUGGCGAAUCUUGAGGCUCAAGGUCAGUUUGUCUAGGAAACUGUGCGGUCAGGACUGGGCCAGCCUGGGCCCAACUCUCCCGCUCCUCCAUACUUUGAGCCUGAGGGCUGGGCAGGAUUCGAACCCUCCGACCCCUGCUCUGUCCCUGAGCCGGGCGCCAAGUCGCUGGGCGUUUGCCCAGGGAUCACUCUCCCUGCCCGGGGCCUGGAGGCUGGGCCAUCAGGACAAACUAUACUUUUUUGG